CCGACUCCGAGCGAGUCAUUCCACGUUCGAUAUUGAAACGGUUCGUACGCGUCUUCGUUCUCAAUAGUGACUGUUGUAUAAUAUUGUCAAUAAUAUUGACAUCUCGUGUUAACCCAGUGUUUAUAAGCUGUGUUGUUUAGCCACCAUGUGUGAAAAAAGGACCAGGAAGAUAAAGAAAGGUUCUCACCUUACCCGCCUCCGCGAAGCCAGGCGCAUCCAAAGGCUGCAGAGGCUGUCAUCACCAUCAACCAGUGAUGACAACACCACCGUAUCCGUCUCCCCGUGCCCACCCGCCGUCGACAAAAACGCUCAGAACAGAGUCAUACUCGAACUAGCGUGGAAGACGGUCGCACUUAUGCACAAGAACAGACUCAUCCAACAAAAGAUCAUCGCAUUAAAAAAGGAGACCUCAGAAUUCGUCGCCGCUAUCAUGAACAACCCAGAAAAUAGGAAACGUUAUGUAGAACACAUUCGUAUGUAUGGGCCAGCUUCACAAACCCAAAUACAAAAUGGCGACCAUCAACUGCAGUUGGAACCAAAGGUGUAAGCUUCGAUGGUGAAUGAAUGAGUGAAUGAUGCGUUAUUUUGUUCAGUAUGAAUGUAUGUGUGUUACUUAAAGCCUGUUGUUUAUUUAUCAAGCUUUGUAUUUACUUGGAUCUUGUAUACACGUAGUUGCGACGUCAUUUCUGACGUUGACGUUAAAUUGUGAUCAAAUUAUGUAAGAAUCAUUGUUGAAAUCCUAGAUUUCGUAGUCGUUCUAGUAUAACAAAAUUAUAUGUUCCAAUCUAUUAUUGUAAGCGUUGUAAAUAUUUUAGAUUGCAAACAGUUUCUCACGUGUAGUAUUUGUUUGCACUUUACCUUCCAGCAAUAAUAAAAUAAUGCAGUGUCUUAAGUAAACAUGUUGUGGUUACAAUAACUUCUUAUUGUUAUAAAAGUAAGCUAUUAUGAGGUUGUACGUAAGAGGCUGUUAAUGUUUUAAGGUAGAUAUCUUCGUACUAUCGUGAUCGGCCAAACAUCGGCCCGAUGAGGUUUUUAAUGAAAAAUAUCGAAGCGUUUAUUUACGCGGGAACUGUGAGAUAGGGUAAAAUUAUAUUGAUAAGGGUAAGUUUGAUAAUUUGUUGUAACUCUCGUUACUAAAAAAAAACCAGUAAUAGUUUGAUGGAUAAAGACGAAAUUGUUGUUUUUUAAUUAGGCACAAAAUUCUUUUUUUUUACUAUGGUAUUAAAUGUUUUCAGUAGAUAGAAAAAUUCAAAUGAAAACGUUCAAAAAUUGUGAUUAGUCAGAUUAAUUUAUAUGUAAAUUAAAAAUUGUCGUAGUACCAAGAACUCGAAGGAAAGGUUUUCAAAAAAAUACUCUUAGCACGUAAUUUAAGUUAGUUAUUUUAGAUUUAAAUAAUUUCUACAAAAAACAUCUUUGUAUUUUUUAAACGCUGUUUAUUAGACCAAGUGAUAAUUUAUCAUUUUUAUGGAAAGCUCAUUCAUUAGAAAUAUGUUCUCAUCUAAAUGCCCUUUAUAUUUAUGACAGCUCAUUAUUUUUAGAUAUAAAAAUUUUGUAAUUACGUUCUAGUAAUCCCAAACCACCGAAAUUGUGGAUGUCCUAUGUGUGAAAUUAUCAUGAUACGGAAGAACAUUGUAAUAUCAAAAUCAUUAACUUGAGCUUUUCAAACGGUAUAAAUAACAAAGACCGAAUUACCGAUUUUCCUUUUAGUAAAUUAAGGCCUUACGUGCCGAAACUUAUCGUUAAUUGUAGUGUCGAAUUAUUUCGCGAAUUUAACAUUGUUUUCGAGUAAAAUCUAACCUUUCAAUGUGCACCGCUACUCGGGGUCAUUAUCCCGUUAGAAAUGUACAAACUCACGCUACUGCCAUCUAGCGGAUAGAAACAGAAUAAGUUCCUCAUACACUUGGUCCAAUAACAGACAGUUUAACCUAGAUUGCAUUUAAUAGAAAUUAGUAUAUAUAAAGAAUGCACAGAUCUACCAAUCACUGUGUUCAUUUUAAUUGUACGUAUUUAUACUGAUUUCAGUAUAUUUAUCACAAAAAUACAUUACUAUAAGUAUUACACGCGAUAUGUUUUUUAUCUUUGUAUAAUUUGUUGAUGCGUUAUAGGUUUCGUAAGCGAAAUAAGCAAGGAUUCAAAAUUACAGGGAGUGCGAAAUUCUAAAAUGUGAAUCCUCUGAAAGAUAUAAGUAUUAAACGACUAAUGUUAAGUUGUUAUUUAUAAUCUAUUGCACAAGGCUCCCUAUGUGUAUGUUUAAUGUACCUACGCUUAAAAAUCUUGGCUUUUUUGUGGUUUACUUAGAUCAUAAGUCAAUUUUGAAAAAUACACUAGUCUCUCGAA